GCGCAGCGGGAGAAGGAGCUGGGCAACGAGGCCUACAAGAAGAAGGACUUCACCACCGCCCUGGCGCACUACGACCGCGCCGAGGAGCUGGACCCCACCAACAUGACCUACAUCACCAACCAGGCCGCCGUCUACUUCGAGAAGGGCGACUACAACCGCUGCCGCGAGCUGUGCGAAAAAGCCAUCGAGGUGGGCCGGGAGAACAGGGAGGACUACAGGCAGAUUGCCAAAGCGUACGCCCGCAUCGGCAACUCGUACUUCAAGGAGGAGCGCUACAAGGACGCCGUGCACUUCUACAACAAGUCCUUGGCCGAGCACCGCACGCCCGACGUGCUCAAGAAGUGCCAGCAGGCGGAGAAGAUCCUCAAGGAGCAGGAGCGGCUGGCGUACAUCGACCCCGACCUGGCGCUGGAGGAGAAGAACAAAGGCAAUGAGUGCUUCCAAAAAGGGGAUUACCCCCGUGCCAUGAAGCAUUACACCGAGGCCAUCCGGCGCAACCCGCACGAUGCCAAGCUGUACAGCAACCGUGCUGCCUGCUACACCAAGCUGCUGGAGUUCCCACUGGCGCUGAAG